AAUUUCACAGUUAAGCAUUAGAAUACACACAUUUGGAGUAACGUUGAUGUCAGUGGGCUAUAUAUAAUUAACUGCUUUAGUAAGUUAGUCAUCACGAAUUACCAACAAAUGAUUAUAGCCUAAUGGAUAGGUUAAUAAAAACAGCAACAAAAACUUACCGAAAAAUCUGCCAUGGCCUGUGAAAUACAGACAAGAGUUUUUAAGUGGCUAGAAUGUGGAUUCGGAUUACAGAGAAAUCAAUGGCAAGUCGCAAGCAACAGCGAGAGUGAAUCAUUGGUUGUGUGUGAUGUUGAUGAGGAUCUAGUGAAAAAACUGCGGGCAUUUCGUUUCCGAAAGGAGACCAACAAUGCCGCCAUUAUCAUGAAGAUUGACAAGGACCGACAGCUGGUAAUCCUUGAUGAGGAACAUGAGGACAUUUCUCCUGAUGACUUGAAGGAUGAACUCCCAGAAAGACAACCAAGAUUUGUGGUCUACAGUUAUAAGUAUGUGCACGAUGACGGACGGGUGUCCUACCCUCUCUGCUUCAUCUUUUCAAGUCCUGUUGGUUGCAAACCAGAACAACAAAUGAUGUACGCUGGGAGCAAAAACAAACUGGUUCAAACAGUAGAAUUAACUAAGGUGUUUGAGAUCAGGAAUACUGAAGACCUGACUGAGGAGUGGCUGAGGGAGAAGCUGGGAUUUUUCCGCUAGUCGCUCUCGACCUCCCUACCCCACCCCGCAGCAUCGGAGGAGAGGACAAGCGAGGGCGACGCACGUUACUCAAGGGGAGAACAAAUCCUAAUCCAUUUUCUUUACCACAGUUAACUAUCUGCUCUGUCUUAACCUCCACCACCUUCCCUAAAUCCGAAGUCUUAACUUUCACCAACCCAGUGUAGAUCUGAUACAUGUGUACACAGGACCCAAACUACAUCAAAAAGGCAAAGAUGAAACUUGAGAGUUGAAAACCUCUUUAGAAACAGACAUUUGGUUCCAGACAAAACUAACUCAUGAGAUUUUUGUGAUUGUCUAGUAUUGAUUCAACACUGCCAUUUACCUCACUACGAUCCGCCAUUAAGUCAUUUGACAGUUCUAUCCAACACACUAAUCUGGAAAAGGGUUGUUAACUCUAAAAUGUGGACCCAUGUUUAAAAUACAGACAUACAGUUAAAAGUGAAUGCACAACAGACAAACCUGGACAGACAGUCUAGGUUCUUUUGUUUUAAUUUGUAUGUGGAAAAGGGCAUUGUGAUAUCCGUGAUUUAUCUGACCAAUGAAAAGUGAAACACUAAGUAGUCACAAAAAAAUACAUUUUGCGCCACCCUACGUACUGUUGCAGAAGAUGAUGAAAAUUAUUAGGUGGUUAUGGGUUCAGACAGUAUUUCCCGUUGUGAUACAAUAAUUGUUCUAAAUGGACAACAACUGUGACCAAAUAUUUCUCCAUCCUUUUUUAUUGAUAGAUGGGCCCAGCUAUGUUACUUGAUCCAAGUAAGCCCAAGGAAAGAGAGAGUGAUAACAUAAGCAUCAUUGGGAGAGCAUUUGGGGUUUUCUAUAAUGUGACCAUGUUUAGAUGUAACACACUUGAUAUCCAGCAAGCAGAUCUUUUAUUCUGUUCUCCAAACUACUUUUCAAGAAUAGAGCUGUGAAAACUAGAGUUGCACCCCACUGGAGAUGCUCUUAGAGCGCUCUGUCACUCCAUGGUGCAUUGUGGGUGUGUCUGUCUGGGGUGUGCACUGUAUUUGUUCAUCUCUCUCGCUCUUUGAAGAGGUCAGUAUGUAUAAACAAACUCGUUUGUAACUCAUUAAUAUUUUCUCUCUUACUAAACAACUGUGAGACUGAAAGUAAUAAUAAAAAAAACAACGAAUGUCUCACAACACGCUUGGAUUAAUGUUGAAUUUUUAUAUAUUUACACUAAACAACAGAAUCUUCUAAGAAUGCAUUAAACACUGGAUUAGUUUGGAAUGUUUACAGAAAACUAUGAAAAGCUAAUCUAAGGAUUUAUUUUAAAGGUCUGAGUUCAUGCUAAAAUAUUAACACAUUUAUACCUCCUCAAAACUCAGUAUAUUGUGUUCUGCGUUGUAUGUCUGAUGAUGGCACAUGCACAUUGCCGAGUUUUUUUGGGACAUAACUUGUUUUUGUAUCUAACUUGAAUGAGAUGGUUAGAGUGAUAGGAAGGUUAUUCAUUUUGUUUCAAACCAACUUUACUUGAGUGUGUCUUAAAAAUGUAACCAAUGUUUGUUUUUUGGUCCAACUUGCUUGGAAUUUAAUUAAUUAGAGGUUUCAUUUAUAAAUUGUUUGAUACAAUGGUUCUCAUUGACAUGCCCCAAAUGUGGCAGAUAUUGUUGAAUAUCCUUAUUAAAUCACAAUUUUACAUGAACACA